GAAGCGCACAUACAGUUUUGAGAAGCGCGCUCAGAAUUAAAGCUAUAUUUGCUUAACUGAAGCUGUUUCUGCUGAAUUGAAGAACGGAAGCUGCUUUUGGAGAACUGAAGCUGUUUUCUUUCAUGGAAUCGGAGCUGGUUUUGGCAAAUCCAAAUCAAGCCGUUCACGUUCAAUCUGACCCGCUCAUUUGCCAGCUCUAGUCUGCAUGCUCACCAGCGGCCCCGUUGAACGGCGAACAACGACGUUGUAUGGCAAAUCCUCUGUUUCGAGGUUUUCGAAGACUUCCCUUACUAUCACUUCACAAGCCUCUGUCCUCUUCCUCUACCUGUUACAAGCCAAUUCUUGGAAACCCAGAAAGCUUUUUGCACUUGUCAAGGUUAGUGCCUCAGAAUAGCUUAAUCCCACAAAACCCAUGUUGGGAAUUGAGGAACUUUAGCCACGGAAGUGUGAAUUUUGUUAUAACAAGAGAUGGGAAACCCAAGUUUGAGACACAUGAAGUGGAGGCACCAAAGAAGGAGAAAUGGAAGACAAAGAAGAGGCUGAAGCUGCAAAGGAAGAGAGAGAAGAAGAAGAGAAAUGCUGCAAAUAAGAGAGAUCCAAGAAGGCUUGGUGUUAAGGGGAAGAAGAAGAAGCAGAAGUUUGACACUCCUGAAGAAAGAAUUAAGCAGAAGAUUGAAAAUGCAAAAGUCAAAGAAGCCAUGCUAAUUGAGAGACUAAUGCGAUAUGAGGUUUCCAAAGUUCAAGGUCCUGAGGUUAAGCCACACUUUCUCACUGGUGAAGAACGAUUCUAUAUUAAAAGGAUGGCGCAGAAAAAGUCUAAUUAUGUGCCAAUUGGCAGAAGGGGAGUCUUUGGAGGUGUUAUUCUUAAUAUGCAUCUACACUGGAAAAAACAUGAAACUGUCAAAGUCAUAUGCAAACCCUGCAAACCUGGUCAAAUCCAAGAAUACGCCGAUGAAAUUGCAAGACUGAGUGGUGGGGUCCCAAUUCAGAUAAUUGCAGAUAAUACAAUAGUUUUUUACAGAGGAAGGGAUUAUGUGCAGCCCGAAAUUAUGUCUCCUAUUGAUACACUUUCGAAGAAGAGGGCGUUGGAAAAAUCCAAAUAUGAGCAAUCGCUAGAGUCUGUGAGACGUUUCAUUGCCAUUGCUGAGAAGGAACUUGAACUCUACUACAGACAUGUUGCCCUAUAUGGUGACCCAAAUAAUCGGAGUGCUCACUCCAUCCUUGAUGAUUCAAGAAGCACAAGAGAAAAACGAAAUGCCGAGAUAGGAGAGGAGAACGAUUCAGCAAGCGAAUCCAAUCCGUCGGAUCUCGAGUUGUCAGAAAUUGAUGAUGAUUGUUCUGAUGAAAACCAGUCUUGAAGUGAAUUUGGAUUUUGGGGAGGGGGAGACUAGUAAUAUUACUCCAGUAGCAUAUAGGGAACUACUAGUGGAUAAUCCAAAGUUAAUCCUGGUAGUCAAGAAUUUCUUGGAUUUGAAGAUUGAAACCUGAAAUAGUGCGGUUUUUAUUCUUUCUCUGAUAAUUGAGGGAUCAAAAUAGAAUAGGAUUUUUCAACUCCAAAUCUUCUGUUUCAUUGUCAUGAAAUUGGCACAAAAACUAGAAUUUGAUCCUAAAUUCGUCCGACCCAAUUUCAUGGACUAAUUCUAUAGCCUAGCUUAAAAUUUUUGAUUCUAAUUUGUAGUUGACCUUUCCAAUUGGUUUCCUUGUACGGACACUAGACUCUAACAAGAAGGAUUACUGGUGAGAUUAUCUAGGGGAUCCUCCCCCUUGUGUUGGCAAUAUAUGACCUAAUUGCCUGAUUAUUGAUGUUUGUAACUUGACGGUAGAAUCCAACUUUUUCUUUCUUCAAUUGAUGGCUGAAGAAUUUCUUUAACGCUUCUACAAAAUCUUUGUGGGCUAAUCUUGGUUACAGUUUUGAUUUCCGUGGAACUGCAAUAUAUGGCAUUCAUGUUGGUUGAAGAGAAGGGCCAGAUUAUCCGG